AUGAGCAAUUCGAAGCCCAGGAUAGCUAGUGUGGGACGAGAGAGCCCCCAGCUGUCACAGGGCCUGAUCCCAAAUGAUCUAUACGAUUCCAGCGAUCUGCACCUGGACGAGUAUGGCCCAUCCCACCCCAAGUUCGAUAGGAGCAAGCUUACAGAUGAGCAGUUUAUCGAGCAGCUCCUAUUCGAAAACCGCGAGUUCCAGGCUGUCGUCAAGAAGCAGGACACGUGGAUAGAUGCAUUGACGAGCCAGCUAAAGGCCCAUGAGAUCAUUCCUGCCGUUCAAAGGACGCUGAAGACUGGCACUUCCUUCAUGCCCAGACGCCGACCCUCCAAAGUGGAGUCGAAGCCUCUCUCAUCCAAACCAAAACCAAAGGCUUUAGAUUUGUCUAAUUCGCCAUCCCAGCUGCCCAUUUCAGCAUCGCUGAUUGCGUUGGCUCUGCCAAUCGCCACACAAACUCCUUCAGUUGCUACUCCCACAGACAAAUUCAAGCGCAAUCCCAGCAAUAGUGUUCUAGACCCAAAGGGUGGAGUCCAUUUAUCCCCCAGGCUAGCUUCAGCGGCUGCAGCUGCAGCUGCCAUAGCUGACUCUACUGGAACAGGUACUGGCUCAGACCUGGAUAUCACAUCAUCUUACCUCAAUAAUAGCGGUACAUCUGAGACACCUUCAUUAGCAGAAGACGACAUACCUGAAAGAUCUUCCAGACGAAGAAGAGAGUCGGUUAGAAUCGACCACCCAACUACCAGAUUCCAAGAAAAGGAAGAACGCGAAAGACUCGAAAAGGAGGAGUUAGAGCGAGAAAGACUAGCUAAGGAAGAGGAGGAACGGAUCGAAAGGGAAGCUCUUGAAAAAGAAGCAUUAUUAACUGCAGAAAAGGAAAGAAAAGAGAAGGAAGAAGCUCAGAGAUUGGAGAAGAUACGUAUUGAGAAAAUCAGAGUGGAAAACGAGCGCGUGCAGCAAGAACGUAUUCAAAAGGAGAAAGAAGAACAGGAGAGAUUAGAGAAAGAGCGUAUCGAACAAGAAAAGCUCGAACAGCAGCGCUUAGAACAGGAGCGCAUUGAAAAACUUGAAAGAGAAAAGGUGGAAAAGGAACGUUUGGAAAAGGAACGUAUCGAGAGGGACUUGCAAGAAAAGAGAAAUCAAGAAGCACUCGAGAAGCUAAGAAUUGAAAAUGAACGAGUUGAAGCGGAACGCCUUGAACGUGAAAAAUUUGAGAGAGAACAAUUUGAACAAGAGGAGCUCGCUAGAGAAGCAAGAGAACUCCAAGAAAAACUUGAGCAAAAUGUAUACCCAUCAGAUGGCUAUUCGAACAAGGCAUCAUUGGAAGAUAUUGGUACAGCUUCUAAUAAUAUCAACAAUAAACCAACUCAAAAAUCUCUGGAGGAAGCAAUCAGAAGAUCUUCCAUAUACUCAGAGGAAGAGUUAGAAACUAUGAUUAGCAAUACUUCAGAUAAUAGCGAUGCCAAAGUUAAUGUGAACCGCAAUAAUUCAAUUCUAAGCCAAGAAAAGAAUCACAGCAAUAGUAGCUUCAACAGUUAUAAAUCGAGACUUAGAUUACCUGCGACUUUAAAUCAACAAUCUCAACCUGCUCCACCUCAGCAGCAGCCACCCCAAUUACAAAGGCAAGUUUCACAGGGAAAAGCGCAAACUCCAGUGGUCCUGAGGCAAGUAUCACAAUCAAAACCUCAAUCGACUUCUUUCCUGCAGCAGCUUCAACAACAAAUACAGCAUAGUCAACAACAACAACAACAACAACAACAACAACAACAACAACAACAACAACAACAACAACAACAACAACAACAACAACAACUGCACCAACAGCAACAACAGCACCAACAGCAACAACAGCAGCAACAGCAGCACCAGCAGCACCAACAGCAGCACCAGCAGCCGCAACUGUACCAACAACAACACCAACAGCUGCAGCAACAGCAGCAACAACUGUACCAACAACAACACCAACAGCAGCAGCAACAGUACCAGCAGCAACAACAGCAACAGCAUCUUCAACAGCAUCAAAUACACCAGAUUCAGGUACCUAAUUUACAACCUCUUUUACACAGCCAGGAUUCUCAAGUGUCUCUCCCACAAUAUCAGGAUCUGCCAAUUCUCCCCCCACUGUACCAACUGCAAACAUCUCUACACUCACCACAAUCAUAUCAAGAAAGGAACUAUGAUGCGUUGAAACCAGCCCCAGUAUUGAGAACUGAUCAAUUACCUUCUCCUUCGAUUCAUGAUCAUAACCAAGGUCAUAGGGUAACAACGCCAACUACUCAGUUUGGUGGAUUUGACCCCUCUAAGAAGAUCCCUUAUACUCCAGAAGGAAUGCAGAGCUUUGGUAUUAAAGUUAACGACAUGAACGUAUCUCAGGAUGAUAUUGAUGCUAAGAGUUACAUCUCCUCUCCCCAACAAAGCGCAUAUCCCCAAUCUAACCUCUCGCCAAGUAAAUCUGAAUUUGGAGGAAGUACCAACGAUACAAUUUUAAAGACUCCAUCGAACCAACAGUUUUAUGCCCUUGAUUCUUUAUCAGCUCAAUCUCAGAGUUAUCAACAAAAUAGUGCCUCUGCUAAGCAACAAAGACGUAUCAGCGAUAAUGGGGAAAGCUCUUCUAUGUCAUCGUUCCAAGUUUUGAAGACCCCUAAACAAGAAGAUUCAAAUCUAUUCAUCAGACCAGAAGAGUUUCAAACAAUCAGCAUUUAUGUGUUGAGUACAAUAUACCUCAACCCCAAUAGGAAGUCAGAGGAUCCAUUAGUAACACUUUCUGUCUCAGAUAAAGAUACUGGUAAAGAAAUGUGGAGGAUUAGAAAAUCGUAUUCUCAAUUGGUGGCAUUUGAUAACGAAAUUAGGCCAAUAAUAGAGUACUUUGGCUUACCAUUGGUUCCAGAUAAAGGUUUAUUCUUCUCAACCUCACCUGUUAAGAUUGAUGGCCGUAGAAAUCAACUUCAAAACUAUUUCAACACAUUAUUUUUGAUGCCCCAUAUUCCACAAAGUGUGCUCUAUAGAAUAUGCCGUUACUUGUCAUUAGAUUUUGUUAGUCCAUUAGAUGACUUCAAGAGUGGAGCUAAGAAAGAAGGAUAUUUAAUCAGGCGAUACAAGGGGUUAGGUACUUCAUGGAAAGUUAGAUGGUGUCAAGUUGAUGGUCCUACUCUAGAAAUCUAUGAGGCGCCUGGAGGAACAUUACUCGAACAGAUUAGAUUGAGAGGCUCACAGAUUGGUAGACAAUCAGCAGAUUCUGUAGCCGAAGAAAAGGGAUAUCGUCAUGCAUUCCUAUUAAUGGAAGGACAAAAGUCAUCCAAAUUGUCAAAUUCUUUGCCCAAGCAUUUCUUUUGUGCAGAAAGUGAUGAAGAAAGAGAUGAAUGGAUAGAUUGUUUGGUUGAAUACAACGGUAGUGCCAAUGACCUGUUCGUAUCCAGGAAUUCUUCUGAAAUCGACGUGGAUACAACUGUCGUUAUAUCUCCACAAAAAUUAAACAACCACCUUCAACAGCUGUUUCAUCAACAGAAUCAGCUUAAUGUUCCUGGAGGAUAUGGUAAUGGUGGGUAUAUUGAAAAGCAAUCUGUUGCAUCAAGGCAUCCUCCGCAUUCUACCAGUUCUCUAAGCUCACCAGUAAGCAUGUACCAUAAUGGGGGAGCUAAUGGUAGUUCAUCUAAUAUAUUGGAUCAAGAUCCAAAUAAAAGUUUGACGACAGAAGAUACAACUGUUUCAAGCAAGGAUUUCAAAGAAAAUGCUGCUGUUGCUGCUUCGGCUGCUGCUGCUGCGGCGGCGGCUAAGAAGUUGAAGAAGAGGAGCAUAUUCCCCUUUAGAUCCAAGAAUGCAUCACAUGAGAACCAUCAGGUUAGUAGUGAAGUUGAGAGCAGCAAUUCCUUGCCACAGUACGCCCAGCCUUACACCAAUGGUGGUCCAGUUGGGGGCAGUGAACCUUCUAUGCAACAUUAUCUUGACCAAAUGAACUUAGAUGUGGAUGUUUCUAAGUCUAUUUUCGGAAGAGACGUAGUGGAAGCGUUCAAGUUGUCGAACCAGAACUUUUUUGGUAGGCAAGUGCCCAGUGUUUGCUACAGAUGCCUAGACUACCUUUCAAGGACCGGCGCAGUGUUUGAAGAAGGUAUAUUCCGUCUCAGUGGUUCAGCUUCAUCAAUAAGACAACUAAGAGAUUUGUUUAACACCAAAUUUGAUGUUGACCUCUUCGACUGUGCCAUCCAGCCUGAUAUUCACACCGUUGCAGGACUUUUCAAGACUUAUCUCAGAGAAUUGCCUGCGCCAAUCUUGGGUGUAGGACCUUUCAAUGAUUUGAAGGCAAUUGUUAAUAACAAGGAUAAGCAUACAAACCCAGCAAUGUUAGCGUUACAAUUUAGGGACUAUAUAUCAGACUCAAACAAGUUGGACCCAGUCCACUUUGACGUCUGCUUCGCAAUUUUUAAAUUCUUAACGCAAAUCAUAGCUAACAGCUCGUCUAAUCGAAUGAAUUUGAGAAACGUUUGCAUUGUCUUCGUGCCCACAUUGAACAUAUCUUUAGAGGUAUUGAGUAUAAUCUUAAUUGAUUUUGAUUGCAUUUUCGAAGGAGGUCAACCAGUACCUGAUGACAAAAGAGAGGUAUUAGAUCUCUACAUUCCAAACUUUUAG